AUUCUAAAUUGAUCUAAAGCGUAUCUGUUCCAACUUCCAAUGUCUCAUCAAUUGAGCACAGAGAGUCUCUCACGUCAAUUCCAGCUGUUGGCCAAAGCCAAGCACUUGUUUUGGUUGGAAGGAUUGGUACUUCAAAUUGAAUUCUUUACACUAAUCUGGAAAUCAUGAAUGUGACACAAAAAAACAGAAAAGAAAGCGCUCUCUCUCUCUCUCUCUCUCUCUGCCCAGUAAAAGCAAAAAAGAAGGAAAUAAUACCUGCCAAUUCUCAUCAACACGGGAAAGGAGUUUCUGUCCUCUGCCCAAGUGUCCAAGACCACCUUCUGCUGCACAAGUAUAACCAGAACUGAAAGCUAAAAUACGAUCGAGUCCAAUGCUUUAAAAUCACUUUAUCUGUUUCUGCCGAGAGAAUCACAAAGAAAUAUCAAGCAUCAAGUAGCCCUGAAAAGAGAGGUGUGAAGAAAGAGGGAAAGCAUCAAGCUCCAAUGAUGAUGACCAGAGGAAGAAAAAGAAGAGUAAUGUUGGAACAAUAUGUUCAAGCUGUGCAUGAGUUGCCAUUGGAGCAGGAACAAUUGACCCCUGUUCCUCAAACUCCUCAGGUGUUCUUAAAAAAAACCCUUGUUUGUGUUUUUUUAUUUGAUUUGAUGUGGUUGUUUUCUUUCCUGUUUUUGCUUUUGGCCCUCAUCGCCUGAUUGAUUCAUGGGGGUUCCCCCCCUCCCCUACCUUGGUGUUACAUCUUCAACUUUGAAGCCGCCGUAAAGGCUGGUUCUUUCGCUUUCUUUUAGUCCCGGAGUGAAAAAGUAGCUUCUCUUUAGCUUUAGCUUCAAAAAGCCCAAAUCUUUCUUUUGCAUUUUAUAUCAGUAGAUUCAUAUUUUGCCUCAGUUUGGUUUUUCCACAACUGAUAACUUUGCAUGUCGGUCUUUACUUCCAUCUUUUAAUAGGAUUUUGUAUGGAUGGGUGUGGCGAUGAAGGGUAUAAUUGUCGUGUUGUUCUGCACACCAUUUUCUUGUUGAGCUGCUGAUUAAGCUAGUAAUUUCUUUUUUCCAACACACACACAUUCGAAAGUAUUGGCUUUGCAUUGUCUGCCUAUUUCUAUCAUUCACUGCAUAAAUUAUAUUAUGUCUAAGUUGAUACUGAAGGGAGCUUGUCCGUUCCUUGUAUUAUAUGUGUUCUUGAUAACUUUGGGAUUUUCCAUCUCCAUGCAGGAGAAUCCUUCUCAGGGUGCGAGUGGUAGAUUCAUCUACUCCAGAGAAUCUACUGAACCCCUCAAUCGACGUCAAUUGAAUGCAUGGAGGGUUCUGUUAGGGCAUUCACAACCAAACCUGCUAGCUCCACAAAGACAUAGUUCAGAAAUUCCCCACGAGCACAAGGAGAAUGCUGCUCAGGUUGUUAAUGGUAGAUUCAACUCUGCCCAACCACCUAGCAAAGCCCUCAAUCAAUUUGCUACUGCUAGCUCUGCUAUUCCGGUCAGAUCUCAUCCGCAAAACCUAGAGAGCAAUGCUGAUCGGCGUCCAUUUAAUGCAUGGAGGGUUCUGGUUGAGCCUCCUCCACAAGAACAAAGAUCAGAUAUCCCCUCUGAUAAUGCUGUAUUGCCUCAAGAUUCCUUAAGCUGCUCCAGUCCACACGCUGAACAUGAUCAAAGAGACAUCAUGACUGAUGCUACUUUGGCUCAAGAGUCUUCUAGUAUUGCCAUGACUGAGAUCGCUCUAAGGUGCAAAGACAGUUUUGAAGUUGAUGACGAUGAGGUUGAUUCCGCCUGUGAUUCUGCUCUGGUAACGUUUCAAGGAUACCGGGUCAAAGAAGAAGUGGUUCCCCUGCUUAGCAAGAUUUUCGCUAAAUAUGGCGAUAUUGUUAAAGACUCUGUAUUGAGCUGUUCCAAAUAUCGUUCACUUCUUCUUCAAGAGGUCUGCUUAAUCUGCCAGGACUUGGAGAGAACAAACUUCGCUGAGAUUACUAUUUAUGAGGUGAAUUCAAUGCUUGGUAGGAUUGAUGAUCUGGAGAGCGUGAAGCUGAAUGUGGAGUGGCUCCGCAAGAAGCUGACUGAAAUCAAGGAGACGAAGGAACUAAUUGGGGGAUACACUGCUUUCAAAGAUAACAUGGUUAACAUGGAGACCAAGCAGAAAGAGCUGACUAAGAAAAAUGCUGAGCUAAAUAAGUUGCAGCAGGAAAUCAACCUAUUAACCGAUGAGCUGACAACUCUGAAGAUCGAUCAUGACCGUUAUCAACAAAACCUGCUAGAGAUGAAGGGUAAAAUAACUGUUUACUAUAGCAAAGAUCUAGUGGACGGACUUUACUAGCUCACUUACCUCCCCAGUAUCUUCACAUAUUCAGUCUUCAGUAUCUUCUUUUGUCCAGGAAUUCCUGAUGAAAUCUAAAGUAGGUUGUUGGGAUUUUUAGAAUCUUUGGUGGUUUUUAAUGUGAUAUCUCUUAAGCAUUAGACUUUCCACCAGAGAGGGUAUCUACCAAUAGGACUUUUGCCUAUGCGAAGUAAUGUUUCUCCAUUUUACUGAUGUUAUCUACCAAAUGUGUGUUUGAUG